AUGCAGCAACGCCAGAACUAUCGGAACCUCUGGCACACUGAUCUUAUGAGCACCAUUCAACAAGAUCCUCCUUGUAAAUUGUUGCUAGUCCCUGUGGUGGGUUUUCUAUAUGCUUUGGAAACUCAGAGGCCUCUAACCCAGUUUUUGCUGCAAGAUGAGUUUCAUGUUCUGAGUGCAACAAAUUGCUUGCAUUUUCUCUAUUAUUGCUUGCAUUGUUGGGAGCAAGGAGCUCUCACAGGCAUCUUGGCUGAUAUGGGUUUGUGCUUGCUUGCAGAUAUUUUCUUAAUCUGGAUUACGGUCCAACAUGACUUCGUACGAAAAGUUCCAAGAGUUUAUGCAAAUUCAACAACUCGAGUGAAAUGGGCCACAUCUUGCGGUUUAACUAUUUGA